CAUUCUGACCCUGUAAUUACACGCCAUAUCGCAGCAUAGUUUUUUCUCAUAUAUGUGUGCCACCUCACUGAAUUCUUCAUCAGCAUGCCUCACUAGAGAUCAAUAUCCGCUUGAUACUCUUCCUUAUAUCUGUGAUCAAACGGCGAGGAAGUCGGAAAGUCACUCAGAAUAUACAAAGCUUUGCUUGAAAAAAUGUUAUUAUAUAUUGUGAUUUGUGGACUUCUAACGUUCUCAUCAUGCUCCGCCCAGCUCAGCAUGUCCACCAUCGGGGCUGCCCUGAAUGCGGGAACAACCGGAUUAAGCCCGACGCGCGGCGGUGGCCCGUUUGAUAUCAGCAACGCGGCCAUCGCACCCGGCUUCAACAACCCCGCUGAUGGCAUCGCGGGCCCGGUGGGCUCCCCCGUGGUAGGCAGUGGCCUGACCGGCGCCCGCGUGGGCGCACUGGCCGGACCCAACCAGGGCGUGGCCUUCGAUACACUCAACCGGAUUAACACCGUCGCCGAUACUGGGGUCAACGGUGUCGGUGGGCUGAGUUUCGGCGGCGGAGCAGCCCCGGGAUUCGGCGGGAACGGCUUCGGUGGGGCCGGCUUCGGUGGGGCUGGCUUCGGUGGGCCCGGCGGCUUCGGCGGGGCCAGCGGAAUUCCGUUUGGCGGACGACAGGGUGGUGGGGGGAUGCUGUCGCAGGGUAGUGUACCGGGUAUGGGUGGACCAUCAUCAUCUAUGCCGGAUUCACCGUACAGUGGCGGCUCUAGCAUGGGAGGUUAUGGAGGCGGAGGCGGCGGCGGGGGAUAUGGUAGUUCUGGUCCCAGUGCCGGGUAUGGCGGAUAUCCGGGACGAGGUGGUUUUAGCGGAUUCUGGGAGCCAGGUGUUAAGCCUGUGCCAUUAGCGCUUCAGGGAUGGGGUUUAUUUAUUCCUCGGCCACCUGUCGAAAUCACAACCCCAACGACAACCCGCGCGACCACGCCGGCGCCAACCACGGCACGACCUGCAACACCAGCACCCGCGCCACCAGUAACGACCCCGAUGCAACAAGGAUACAAUAAUAAUUAUAAUUAUUACACUCCGGCGCCCCCGCCACCACCAACUACUCCAGCACCUCCGCCUCCCACCACAACUACACCAAUGCCGCCUCCUCCAACCACCACGUACGGCUACGGCAGUUAUUCCAACAAUCAGCCUUAUGGAUCAGGUUAUGGCUCCAACAGCCAGCCCUAUGGUUCAGCGUACGGCAGUGGUGCGUCUAAAAACGCUAACAAAGAUCUCCCACCCAUUUUCCUGGGUAUGAACGACAAGAAAGUCCUUAUAUCCGGAGCGAAUUUCGAUGCCGGCAAUCUGAAGACUAGCGGUAGUGGAGAUUUCUCCGUGGAUGUUGCGGUGGACCCGCCGACAGCUUGCACACCGAAAUCUUCGCCGAGCGCCAAAGGAAUCUGUGUGGAUGACGGAUUACUGCAGAUCGUGUGUCCCAAUAUGAUCAUCGGUGAAUCCAUUGACUGUAAAUCGUCUGCGCAACAGACAUGGUGUUGUUUCGUUGAUUCAUAGAGCCCUGUGUUUUUCGUUGUACAAUACGUUUUUUUGUUUGAUAAAACUUUAUUAAUUUAAAUAGCCGCAAAAAUGUACAAUUAUUUUAACAAAAAAUUAAAGAAAAAGCAG